AUGAAGUUUACCACAUUCAAGCUGGCCGCCUGUUACCUGUACAAGGUUGCUGCCUCGGAAAAGACCACUUCUGGAAAGGAAGAGUUCGCUGGGGAUAGUGACAGUAACUAUCAGAAUGAAUAUCUAGUUACCAGGACGACCAUGAAAGAUACUUUUACUCCAGAGAUGACUAGAAAGAUGGUACUUGAGAACGGUUUGGCCAUUGUACGUGAAACAACAACCUAUGUCAACCCCUAUGAGGUCAAGUUUGUCCCAGGGCCAGUCCUUGAGAGCCUUGAUAGGGUGGCAUUUGCAUCGGAAAGGUUUGGGGCUUCCAACAAAUUCAUUCCAAAGCCCGACUUCUCCUACAUGGAGGGAUACAAUAAUAUGACAAAGAAAGCAGGUAAUGCUAAUGCUAAGACACCUGAAAGCAAAGAGGGCGCAAAGGGUAAGGAGAAGCCAACCACUCCUGAGGAUGAAAAGGCAAGCGAAGAGGCCAAGGGAGGAGAAGACUCUGGAUUAGAAGGAGGCCAAGAACAGGCUGAGGGAGAGAAUGGAAUGGAGAAAGACAAUGCAUCCAAGUCAUCUGAGAAAGCUGGGUUCUUCCCUAGUGGGGGAUCCUACAUGAGACCAUCUUUUGGAAAGUACUCGUCCCUGGCUUAA